GAGCUGGCCCAUCCCAACGACCGGCCGACAAUCACGUCCUUCUUCAACCCCUCUUGGUACACCGGGGCCAUUCUUUCUGCCGGGGCUGUGUUUGCAACCUCGAGCAUGCAAAGCGAGUGGUCCUGGCGACUUCCAAGCGCCUUGCAAGCUCUCCCAAGCGUACUACAGCUGCUGGCGAUCCACUUUUGCCCUGAGUCACCAAGAUGGCUCCUUUCGAAGGACCGCGUUGGAGAUGCGUUCGGCGUAUUGUCCGAGUACCACGGUGAGGGAAUUCGAGGAAAUGAAUUUGCGCGUAUAGAAUAUGCGCAAAUU